AUGGAAAUCAAUGCAAGUUUUCCUAACACUUUUAUCCUUCUGGGAUUCUCUGAGUUUCCAUGGUUGGAGAGGCCUCUCUUUGCAGUGGUCCUGGUCUGCUACCUCCUCACCCUGGUGGGGAACAGCUCCAUCAUCCUCCUCUCCCUGCUGGACCCCAGACUCCAGAUGCCCAUGUACUUCUUCCUGGACAACCUCUCUCUACUGGACCUCUGUAUCAGCUGCACCGUUCUGCCUCAGCUGCUGGUCAACCUUUGGGGACCAGAUAAGACAAUUGCUGCCUGGGGAUGUAUCACACAGGUCUAUCUUUUCAGCUGGACAGGGUGCACUGAAUGUAUCCUGCUGACCAUGAUGGCCGUUGAUCGCUAUGUGGCCAUCUGCCGGCCCCUCCAGUACACUCUCAUCAUGCGUCCCUGGGUUUGUGCACAGAUGGCAGCCGCCUCCUGGUUGAGUGCCCUGGCUACUUCUCUGCUCCAUGCCACACUCACAAUCCAGCUCCCCCUCUGUGGGCAGCACACCCUGGACCACUUCUUCUGUGAGAUACCUGUGCUCAUCAAGCUGGCCUGUGGGGACACCACAGCUAAUGAGCUGGCCCUGGCUUUAGGAGCCAUCCCAUUUGUAAUGGUGGCUCCCCUGCUGGUGCUCAUCUCCUACAUCUUCAUUUCCAGGGCUGUACUGAAACUGCCUUCAGCUGAAGGAAGACACAAGGCACUCAGCACCUGCAGUUCCCACUUGCUGGUGGUCACCAUGUUCUUUGGUCCUUCCAUCUACAUGUACCUCCAGCCCCCAGCCAAGAGCACACAGGCCAAGUUCAUGUCCUUCUUCUACUGCAUUAUCACCCCAGUGCUCAACCCACUCAUCUACACCCUGAGAAACAAGGAUGUGGAAACAGCUUGGAAGAGGAUCCUGCAAUCCCUGGGCCAGGUGAAGUCUUGGAAAGUCAGAAGAUCCCUGCCUGUAUCCUGA